AUGGCUUCGAACAUGGAGGAUGACCUCACCUGUUCUGUGUGCUGUGACAUCUUCAAGGACCCUGUGGUCCUCUCCUGCAGCCACAGUUGGUGUAAAGUCUGUCUGCAGCAGUGCUGGGCAACCAAAGGGUCCAGAGAAUGUCCUCUCUGCAGGAGGAAGUCAUCAAAGGAGGUUCCAGCCCCAAAUCUGGUCUUGAGGAACUUGUGUGAGACUUUCCUAGAGGGGAGAAGCCAGAGUGCUUCAGCAGGGUCUGAGGUACUCUGCAGUCUGCACAGUGAGAAACUCAGGCUCUUCUGUCUGGACGAUAACCAGCCUGUGUGUGUGGUGUGCCGGGACUCAAGAAAACACGACAACCACAAGUUCCAACCUCUUGAUGAAGCAGCAUCUGACUUCAAAGAAAAACUGCGGACUGGACUGGAGGUCUUCCAAAAGAGGCUAAUGGAGUUUGAACAGGCAAAACGCAGAUGUGAUGCGAAAGAAAAAUGCAUUAAGAUUCAGGUACAACAAACGGAGACAAAAAUGAAACAGGAGUUUGAGAAGCUUCACCAGUUUCUACGAGAUGAAGAGGCAGCCAUGAUAGCUGCACUGAGGGGGGAAGAGGUGGAGAAGAGUCGGAUGAUUAAGGAGAAGAUAGAGAAGAUGAGCAGAGAGAUUGCAUUUCUAUCUAACUCAAUCAGAGCCACAGAAAAGGAAAUAGGGGCUGAUGACAUCACAUUUCUUCAGAACUACAAGAACACAGUGGAAAGAGCCCAGAGGAAACUGCAGAGUCCAGAGAGCACUGCAGGAGUUCUGAUCAAUGUGGAGAAAUACCUGGACAACCUCAAGUUCAGAGUCUGGGAGAAGAUGCGGGACCGUGUCUCCUUCGCUCCUGUGACUCUGGAUCCCAACACUGCACACCCAGAUCUCAUCCUGUCUGAGGAUCUGACUAAGAAAAUGACAUUAGAGAAAUAUAACAAAGGCUAUCUGUUUGAUGAGUUCUGGUGCCCUAUAAUUUCUGGUUUGAUAAAUAUGAACAGAAAUAAUCCACUGAGGUUUGACAAACAUUACAGUGUCCUGGGCUCGGAGGGCUUCAACUCGGGGACUCACUGCUGGGAUGUGGAGGUUGGAGAGAACACACGGUGGAAUGUGGGUGUGAUGACGGAGUCUCUCCAGAGGAUUGGAGACUUAUCUUCCAUGAGUGGACGCUGGUGUGUGGGGUAUAAUGGUGCUGCAUAUGGAGCAUGUGCACCUCCUCAUGCUGACACUCUCCUCACAGUGCAGCAGAAACUCCAGAGGAUCAGAGUGCAGCUGGACUGGGACAGAGGAGAGCUGUCAUUCUCUGACCCUGAUAAUAACACACACAUACACACUCUCACACACACUUUCACUGAGAGUGUUUCCGUACUUUAA